CAUCGCGAGUGUUGGCAGAAACACAUUGCCAAUACAUGCAAGAUACUUGCAAUCAGAAAAUGACUGCGAUAUGCAUUGCAGAGGGUUUUUGUUUUGAAAGAGGAAUGGUUUUAUCCUGGUGCUUUCACUGUUAGUGUUAGAGCAAAUCGGGUGAUCUUUAUUUAAUGACCUUCGCCAAUCAAAACGCUUUACCACGUUCUUGUCACACAUUACCGAUUAUAUUCGAUGACGGUUUGACUUUUAGGAAGAUUGACUGAGAAGGAAAGACGAGCACUUGGAGUUUAUCUCAAUGAUAGGUUUGUCCUUAUACACGGCAAUACUUGUGGUCAAUCGAUAUCCUAUACCGUCAGUGUGUUAUUCCAAACCGCUGCGAGCUUACUCUGGCAUGAAGAACGUCCCUUCAAUCGCAAAGCGGAAAUCCUUUCUUGUCUGCCCUCUUGAAAUAACUCUCACACAAAUCCAUGCGAUUUCUUGAACGAAGAUCGAUCUAAGGGAAUACUAUUUCGUGUUUACACGAUCAAUGAUUGAGAAAGUGACCGUUUACAGCGCACGUCUUUCUGCGCAUCAUUCUUUGCACUUCAACGUCUCAGGUGACAGGUUUUUGUUCAGAUAAUUGGACCGUUGAGUGACGUAGGGUUUAAAUCAUCUAGAUACUGAGAAUUCCAUCUUUAGGGUAUCGCACAGCAUUCAGUAAGACCGAUUUCAAGCCUUGCAUGACGCGACGGCGUUCAUCCACUCUUCGAAGCCUUCAAUCGCCACUUCCAAAAGAGCGCGAAUCCCAAAGCUCAGUUCCAGCCGCAUCUGCCCUGCAUCAAGGAUCGUUACAGGGCAGUAGUUAUUUCAUUGAUGGACUCCUCCGGUUUCCUGUCUCCUAAAGCUAACGCCUUCUCUAUUGCACAUCUUAUCGACGCAUCCCAGCUUUCAGAACUGUUUGACGUCAACAGACAGAGUCCCAUUUUCGGCUGGGACUCGCAGAACUUCACGCGAGACAUGGAAGAACAUCUUCGUAACGCCGGAACAGGAAAGAAGCUUUCCACGAAUUCGUCCUCGCAGGUAUCCGUUCCUAGGAACUUGGAAGAUGGUUCCUCGUCCGAGCAUUCGUCCCCGUCUUCAGCUACGGCCUCUCCCCCUACUACACCGACAGCCAGUAGCUUACAGCAUCUUCGGGUAGAAUUAGAAAUGAAAAAUUUAUGGGAUGAAUUCUAUUCCUUAGGGACUGAGAUGAUCGUUACUAAAGCUGGAAGGAGAAUGUUCCCCCCAUUCCAAGUUCGUCUAUUCGGUCUGGACCCUAACGUCAAAUACAUCCUGAUGAUGGACUUUGUUCCCGUUGAUGACAAACGUUACCGGUACGCCUUCCACAGCUCCAAGUGGUUAGUGGCGGGAAAAGCUGAUCCCAGUGUACCUGGACGCGUGCACAUUCACCCUGAUUCAYCGUGUACUGGCGCCCAGUGGAUGAAACAGAUCGUGUCUUUUGAUAAACUCAAACUGACCAAUAACCUGAUGGACGAUAAUGGUCACAUAAUUUUGAAUUCGAUGCACAAGUACCAGCCCCGCUUCCACAUCGUUCUAGUAACCUCCGAGAAAAGCACGAGCGCCAAUCUACAGGACGUCAAGCGAGAUCACAUUCGCACCUUCGUCUUCACGGAGUGUCAGUUCAUGGCAGUGACUGCUUAUCAGAAUCACAUGAUAACACAGUUGAAAAUUGCCAGUAACCCAUUUGCUAAAGGCUUUCGUGACUGCGAUCCAGAUGACUGUGUGGUAGAAGUAAUGAAGCAGAUGGAAUCAUCUGGUCCAUCCUUAUCUUCGAAUCGACCGAGACAAUCUAGCGAUAAUACGUAUCCAUCACCAACAAGAACAGAAGCUCCAGUAGACAGUCGCAACAUGAUGAUGGCGAGCCGGCAGUGUAGUAUGGUUAGCAGUCUUCCUAUGGAUAACAUGGACAAAUCAUAUUCCCAACCUAUUAUGACGUCACCUAUAAGUGUUACUGUCCCUGGAGGGGUAGGGAUCAGUUACACCGUGACAUCGCCAGUAAACCAUCCCACUUCGCCUGUCAACUCAACUGCUGUUUACCGGGGAUUCCCAGCUCUACGGGAUCACCGGAAUGCCCCAUAUCCGGUCCAUAUACCCCGAUAUAUGCAACCAUCAAAUGAAAAUAUAUCUUACCAGACAGUACCUUUACCGCCAAACUCAGGACAUAAUCAAUAGCAAUAUGAGGCUUGAUCUUAAUCCAUCCCGUUGAGAUAUUUGAUAUUUUAUUUGGCUUGAGCUUAGUCUUCACUUAGAAAUAAAAGAGCAAGCAAAUAUAAGGCGCCAUUUACAUGAAGGUAAUGUGGCCCUGGUGCUUGGAACAACUCUUUUGUUUUCUUUCCCCCCCCCCCUCCCCCUCCCGGGGACACCAAAAACAAAAGUGUUAGCCCUAGCCAUAGCGUCUCCCUUCCUUAGUGUAAAUGUAGCCUGACAUAUAUGUUAAAGUUAAUUUUGUAUGACUGUGGGCCGGGGGGAAACACGACACACGCCGCCACGGUCACGCUUAAAAAGAAAUACAGCCAGAAAAUUAUGCGAUACAAAUUGCGAUACAAAUUGCAAGCCAAUGUUGCGCGCAUAAUCUUCUCUUUGCUGUGUUGUUGCGCAACUAAUGUUGUUGUUCUGUGAAUGGAAAUGGCAUCGAGCAGCAUCGCUCUGCAACUUUCAACACCAUCAUCCAGCGUUCCGCAAAAUGUUGCGCAACAUGUUACGCACUAUCAUUAGACGUAUUACUGUUCCUUUAGUCAGUCACAAACUGUGAGCUUACUUCUCAUCCAAUCAGAAUUGAGACGCAGCAGUUUCACGGUGAUGGCACGACACUAUUCUUAACUUUUCACAGUCAUACCGAAAUCGUAAUUUGUUUAAAAAUAAAGAAAUAUUGAUGAUAAGAACUGGAUCGCUAUAUGCACGGCUUGCGCUUUUAAAUCCGAAGAUGUGAAAACUAAGUUCAAGCCUGUUCUCAUUUGCUAAGAUUGGAACGCUUAUAAUUAUAUCAAAUAMAAUUUAAUUCA